AUGUCUGCACUCAGUUCUAGUACCACUCUUUCCAUCAACAAGCCCAUUGUCGUUGGCCUCUAUGGCCUUCCUGGUAGUGGCAAGUCUUACGUCCUGCGCCAUCUCAAGACAUACUUCGGUGUUGGAAAUCAGUUCCAGUACUAUGAGGGAUCCGAGGUCAUUGGAAACCUCGUCGACGGCGGUCUGGAAGCUUUCAAGCGACUCGACAAGGACACUCGAAACCUGCAACGACAGCGAGCCAUUCAACUCAUUGCCGAUGAAUGUACCACUACUGGACGUAUUGGCAUCGUCACCGGUCAUUAUUCAUUCUGGAACGACAAGAAUAAUUCUCCCCGCAAGAUUGUGUGGACUGAGGGCGACAGACGCGUCUACACCCACAUCCUCUACUUGGAUAUGCCCGCUGACAGGCUAUGGGGUCAACGACAGGACGAUGAAAGUCGAAGCCGCCCUAAUCUGCAGCCCAAUCACCUUUCCAAGUGGCAGAAUGCCGAGAUGGCCGGUCUAUCCCGUCUCUCUCGUCUGAAUGGCAUGUAUUUCAUGCCGCUGCAUCUCGAAGGGCCGCGUUCUUAUGAUGGCAUUCAACACAUGUUACGCAAUCUUGUGACACAAGACGAAGAAAACCUUGGUCGUGUAAGAAAGGAGACUGACCGAUUGCUGUUUUCGGACCGAGACGGCUAUCUGUUGGAUACGGUGUUGGUUCUAGACGCGGAUCGAACGCUGUGCGCUGCGGAUACGGGCUCGAUGUUCUGGGAGAGACUUAAAGCAACUUUGAAGAGCCAUGACCAGGAUCGGAUCUGGGACGUUCCAGAGACCUUUGGAGGGCAUUGGCUCUGGGAUGACCCCGUAUGUCCCCUGAAGAGGCUAUUCAGCGAGAAGAACUACUCCUUUGCUUCCUUUAACCAGGCAAUGUCGUUAUACGAUUACGUCGACGGCGCUUUCGACGAAAUAUGCGAGGAAGUCGCCUCUGCUGUCUCGUUAUAUCCGGAGUUCAUGGCUCUUAUUCACGCCGUGAAGCGCCAUCGGGGCGUGGGCAUCGUCAUCGUCACGUGUGGCCUUCGUCAAAUCUGGAAACUGAUAUUGGAGAGAGAGGGCCUCGAUGACAGCGUGGAGAUUAUUGGCGGGGGCCGUUUCGCUGAUGGCUAUGUUGUUACUCCUGAGGCCAAGGCCGUUGUUGUCUCUCAGAUCCAAGCCCAAGGUGUGUCUGUCUGGGCUUUCGGAGACAGUCCGAUUGACCUUCCCAUGCUCAAGAUGGCCGACCAAGCUAUCGUCGUCGUCGGCGAGAAGCGUUUCAGGAGCAAAACCAUGGACGCUGAGUUGGCAAAGGCCAUCGCUGACGACAAGGACUUUCUUCCGAGACAGGCUUUGAUCCCGAAUCAUUCUACACCCCGCCUCACUCCAGAUCAGUUGCCGAUUGUCGACAUUUCUGGCCAAGCUUUCAUGGAAUCUUUCCUCUAUCGCUACGCCAACCUCCGAGUUCUGCACGCCACGAAGAAGAGUGCAACCAAGCUCCUCAUGACUCCGACACGCGACGCGUCUGUGACCGGUCCUAGUCUUAGAGCGGCCCAUGGGCAUGUUGGACGAUACCUCGCCACCGAGUUUCUGACGGAGCUGCUCGGACUAGAAUAUUUCCCAAUACCUCAUGUUCAGGGCUACAAGACCGAUGGCCAUCGCCUCGUCGACGAGAGUCGAACAGCCAUCGUUGCUCUUAUGCGCGGUGGCGAACCCAUGGCCUUUGGCGUCGGCGAGGCAUUUCCAGGUGCCAUAUUCAUCCACGCCAAACAUGCCACCGAGCUCACGAAGAAGACCCUUGGAGGAAUGACAACGCUCCUUCUGGUUGAUUCGGUGGUCAACAGCGGCAAAUCGAUCAAGGAGUUCGUUGACCACAUUCGGGGGCUGGAACUGGGUAUUCGCAUCGUCGUUGUUGCCGGUGUGGUUCAAGCCAAGGCUAUGUCGAAUGUCUUGGAGCCACUUGCCUGUGAGGGAGACCUCAGUCUCGUCGCACUUCGGUUGUCGGACAAUAAGUUCACUGGAAGCGGUGGGACGGACACUGGUAAUCGGCUUUUCAACACUGUACAUCUGGAUUGA